CUGGAGACUGUUCUGGAGCACAUCUGCUUGCUGCUGCCAUAAGGCCCACAGCCAGCCCACCACAAUGUACUGCCUUCAGUGGUUGCUACCUGUCCUGCUCAUACCCAAGCCCCUCAACCCAGCGCUGUGGUUCAGUCACUCAAUGUUCAUGGGCUUCUACCUGCUCAGUUUCCUCCUGGAACGGAAACCUUGCACGAUUUGUGCCUUGGUCUUCCUGGCAGCAUUAUUCCUCAUCUGCUACAGCUGCUGGGGGAACUGCUUCUUGUAUCACUGCACAGGAUCCCAGUUGCCGGAAUCAGCUCACGAUCCCAGCAUAGUGGGCACCUAGAACACAAAUAAUCUACCAGUCUGCUGAGGGUUCUUUAGCUUUUAAAAAGGGGGUGGGCUAGGGAGGAGGGAAGGGGUGUUAGGCAUGUGACUGGAGUAAAACCAGCCCGUUUCCUGUAACUGUGUGUGGACUAGAGUGGUGAAUUCCUCCCACUCUGCCUGUGAAAUUCAACUUGUUUACUGUGUGAACUCUGGCAGCACCACCUGCUUUUUUAGAAGCAGAAAUCUGUUUGUUUUUUUUCCCUUCCCAUAUCACCGGGAACAGACACUG